AUGGCUGAUCCAGAAAUAAGUUAUGGGGGUCCAGAAAUAAGUUAUGGAGGUCUAGAAAUAAGUUAUGGAGGUCUAGAAAUAAGGUAUGGCAGUCCAGAAAUAAGUUAUGGAGGUCAAGAAUUAAGUUAUGGAGGUCUAGAAAUAAGGUAUGGCAGUCCAGAAAUAAGUUAUGGAGGUCUAGAAAUAAGUUAUGGAGGUCAAGAAUUAAGUUAUGGAGGUGUAGAAAUAAGUUAUGGAGGUCCAGAAAUAAGUAAUGGAGGUCCAGAAAUAAGUUAUGGUGAUAUAGAAAUAAGUUAUGGAGAUCUAGAAAUAAGUUAUGGAGGUCUAGAAAUAAGUUAUGGCAGUCCAGAAAUAAGUUAUGGAGGUGUAGAAAUAAGUUAUAAAGGUCAAGAAUUAAGUUAUGGAGGUCUAGAAAUAAGUUAUGGAGGUCUAGAAAUAAGUUAUGGCAGUCCAGAAAUAAGUUAUGGAGGUCUAGAAAUAAGUUAUGGAGGUCUAGAAAUAAGUUAUGGAGGUCCAGAAAUAAGUUAUGGAGGUCUAGAAAUAAGUUAUGGAGGUCCAGAAAUAAAUUUUGGAGGUCCAGAAAUAAGUUAUGGAGGUCCAGAAAUAAGUUAUGGAGGUCCAGAAAUAAAUUUUAGAUGUCCAGAAAUAAGUUAUGGAGGUCUAGAAAUAAGUUAUGGAGGUCCAGAAAUAAGUUAUGGAGGUCUAGAAAUAAGUUAUGGAGGUCCAGAAAUAAGUUAUGGAGGUCUAGAAUUAAGUUAUGGCAGUCCAGAAAUAACUUAUGGAGGUCUAGAAAUAAGUUAUGGAGGUCUAGAAAUAAGUUAUGGAGGUCAAGAAUUAAGUUAUGGAGGUCUAGAAAUAAGUUAUGGAGGUCUAGAAAUAAGUUAUGGCAGUCCAGAAAUAAGUUAUGGAGGUCUAGAAAUAAGUUAUGGAGGUCAAGAAUUAAGUUAUGGAGGUCUAGAAAUAAGUUAUGGAGGUCCAGAAAUAAGUAAUGGAGGUCCAGAAAUAAGUUAUGGAGGUCCAGAAAUAAGUUAUCGAGGUCUAGAAAUAAGUUACGGAGGUCCAGAAAUAAAUUUUGGAGGUCCAGAAAUAAGUUAUGGAGGUCCAGAAAUAAGUUAUGGAGGUCCAGAAAUAAAUUUUGGAGGUCCAGAAAUAAGUUAUGGAGGUCUAGAAAUAAGUUAUGGAGGUCCAGAAAUAAGUUAUGGAGGUCCAGAAAUAAGUUAUGGAGGUCCAGAAAUAAGUUAUGGAGGUCCAGAAAUAAGUUAUGGAGGUCUAGAAUUAAGUUAA